AAUCAGUACUUCAAAUGAAUGGAAAAUAUUUGCCUAAAAAUGUGAAACUUUUUUGAGACAUAUUUUAUGAGACAUUUGUUGACAUUUUUGAGACAUUUACCACUUUUUGUUGUCUUCAUUGUCUUCAGUAUUACAUUUGAUGCACAAGUGAUGGACAAUAAGCCCACAGAACAGUACGAAGACAUCACUCUUAACAGUGACUCACAGGACGUAAUCCAUGCAAACGAUGGCAACGAAGAGCCCGAAGAAGACAUUGAAAAUGAAGCCGAAGAAGAAGUAGAAGAAGAGAACGAUUUGCUAAGAAUUAGUCGACAAUUGAGUAAAGAUUACUUCAAUUACUUCCAGUUUGACAUCAGUCCAGAGAAGAAGGAGACCGAAGACGCCAUCGAAGAUCUGUUGACACAUUUGGAAGAGUUUUGCGGAUUAAUUGAAAUGAUUAGAAACGACAGCAAUAUCUGUGUGGAGGAAGUGUCCAAAAAGGUGGCCAAAGAGUGUCGAGUGAUGGACACCAUAUACUCGCAAAUCGACAAAUUGGAGCAAUUCGUCAAAAUUGUCAGAAACACUGUCGAAGACAUGGACGCAGAGAUGACUCGCGCGGAACAGCUGUUCGCCGACGACAACAACAAUCGCGUCAAGAAGUUCUUCUCGUCGCUGAUGUCGAGUAAUGCAAAACAAAGUCAUUUCAAACGAAUUAACGCCAAAUACGAGCCGAAAGAGAUCUUCAGAACCAGUGAUUAUAUAAAGAGCUGUGAUUUAGGGCUUCUCUCGCAGACAACGAAUGACCAGAACUGCGACCACAGCUCACAGACAACAGCUAACGGUUCCACACAUUCAGCCAUUAUUUGAUUGUA